ACUCUCUGAAAUAACAAAUGUAAAAGUUACUUAUACAAUAUUUAUAAUCAUUAAAUAGAUAGGAUUGUGCGAUAUUUAUUUAUUUUUGUUCAUUUCUGCCGAUUAAACAUAAACAAGCGUUCCAAAUAGGUGUGCGUUACUUGACGUGACAUUCUUUAUAUGAGUUGUUCAUGUUUACGCAUAUUUAUAAAUAUUGAUUUAUUAAAUAUAUACGAUUCAUAAUUGUAUGAAAUAAAAUUGAAAAGCGUAUUUUAGUAUGUAUUGGAAUUUAUUUGACAUACCAAGUAGAACUUUAAAUACGAUUCAAUUCAAAAUCUUCUUUUAAAAUACAUUUCAACAAUGAAUAAUACCAAAAAGAUCAACGUGAAUUUUUCAUCUUUGGUGGGUUUAAAAACAGAGUUGUUAAGAAAGCAACAUGAAGUGAACGAGGCAAAACUAAAGUCAGAAACCACGCAGGUUGACUUAAAGCUAAAAAAGAAAUUCAAAAAAGUUAAGAAAAAGAAUGUUGAUAGAAAUUUAGAUAAAUCAGAAUAUAUUGAAGAUGUUAGUACUCAUAAAAAAUCAAAAUUAAUGUUAGAAGCAAAAGCAAGAUUGUAUAAACAAUUAAAAAGAUCUAGAACCAAUAAUGAUAAUUUUCUUGUUGAUUUUAAAAGCAAAUCAGAUGAAUCUGAAGAAGAAAUAUCGCAAAAAGAAGAAGACAAUGAAAAUGAUGUAACUUUUGGAAAUGAGGAUGAUUGGGUAGAGUAUGAAGAUUGUUUUGGUCGUACAAGAAAAUGUUUACGCGAAGAUCUACCUCUGAUGCAAGAGAAAGAUAAAUUAGUAAAACAACAAAUUGUAAAUGAGAAGGGUAUUGACUCAAAAACUAAAGAUAAUGUUGAACAAAGUAUUAUAGAAGAUGAAAAAGAACCAGAAAUAGAAAUUAUGAGAAGAAAAUGGGAAGAACAGACAAAGAAAUUGGCUGACAAAGCAAAUAUACAUUAUCAGGAUGUUUUGUUUGACGAGGCUAGAACUCAUGGUGUUGGUUACUAUGCAUUUUCACAAAGUGAAGAAGAAAGAAUGAAACAGCAAGAGAAUUUAUUAAAUUUAAGAAAGGAAACAGAACGAAAGCAGAAAGAAAUAAAAGAACUUAAAGAUUUGCGGGAAAAAAUGGAAUAUAAUAGAUUGAAAGCAGCUAGAAUUAGGCAGCGUAUCAGAGCUGGGUUACCGGUAGAUACAAUAGAAGAAGAAGAAGAAGAAUUUAAACAAAAGAAUGACAAUGAAUCAAACCAAGAUAAAGUAGAAAGUGAAUCCAGUACCCAUGCAGAAGAAAAACCAGUUGAAAUGAAUGAUAAUAAAGAAAAAGAAGGUAAUGAAGAAGACGAGGCAGUGAUUAAAGAAAAUAAAAUAAAGGCUUUAGGAGAACUUCUGGGCAAAAGAACUCAUUGGUACGAAAUGUCACAAGAAGAAUGGGUUGAUAAAUGUAGAAAAGAAAGAGUUACUGAAUUUGCUCCAGUAUACAGCAAUUUCAAAAGUGGUGGUUAUUUAAAUUCUGAAAAUACUGAUGAAUCCUCAAAUCAUCAAGAGCACCAGAAAUCUAAUUCAGAUCAAAUGCUUAUUCAGAAUGAUGAAAUUGAUUUAGAUUCUUAUUAUAUACCACUUCCUCCUACUUUGGAGACAAACAGUUCUACUGCCAAGUGUGAUAAGAAUACUUUAAUUAGAAAAAAGGAUAAUGAUCAUAGUUCACAUCAAACAAUUGAUACUACACAGUAUGAAUCUAAUAAUAUAAUAGAAGAUCAAGUGAAACCUACUGCAAACAUAGAUGAAGAGAGCAUAUUGGCUGGUUUACGAUAUUUGAGAGAAAAAUUUGAAGAAAGUCAAAAUAGUUAAGGCGUUACAUAGCAUCGCUAAUUGUACAUAUCUGUAAAUACCUAUACUUUGUGCAUUGCAUAGCAUUUCUGCGUAUAAUUUAAAAAAUAAAUAUUUUAAAUAAUAAUUAUUUAUAUCAAAUACAUUAUAAAACAUGA